GGUUACUAUUUGAGGGAUCACGUGUUUUUAAAUCUUACCAUUGGAGUGAACACACCUUGUCAUCACAGAUGCGUUAUGGAAAGUAGAUGCGUGUCAGUAAACAUUGGUCCUCCCGUGAACGACAAAGUUGUGUGUGAGCUUAGUGAUUCGGAUCACAUACAGCACUCACAAGAUCUGAAACCAAGACAAGGCUGGAACUACAGAGGUAUCACAGAGGUAGGAAUCACAAGUAGUUUUUCAAAUGGAUGAUAAUGAUGAUGAUGAUGAUGAUGAUGAGGAGGAGGAGGAGGAGGAGGAGGAGAGGAAUCAGGAUGCUAACGUAAACAAUACUGAUAGUGAUGACGAUGUUCAAAUCUUGUUUUCAAGCUGUAACAAAUCUAAAUUCCUGAAUUUGACGGUUUGACGAAUUUAUAUUCUCUUUAGAAUCUCUGUGCCAUUAAACCUUGCCUUAACAAUGGAACGUGCUUAACAGGAUAUACCAGCAAAAUAUACCUCUGUAUUUGCACUUCUGGCUUUACAGGAGAAAACUGCGAGAAAGGUAAAGUACACUUUCAAUAACUUGUUUCGUAUCAGCCUUGCCGUAGACUGUGUUAGGAAAAGGCGAACAAACUAUUGGUGCCCAUCCGAUUGGGCAACAACUUGGCGGCCAGAACCCAACACAGACAUCUGUCGCUGAGUUUUGCUACGCAAGCGUAAAUUCACCUCUCCAGGAACUCAUAAACAUUACAGUGAUACUUUUUCUGAUACAAUGACUGUACAGAGAACAAAUUCCCCCAAAAUAAGUCACUUUUCAGACAGUUCUCUCGGGCGCCGUGUAAUUGCCGCGCCAGGCAAAAGCUUAGAAAUUCAAGCGUACUGUAUGACAAAACAAAGUGCAUUUUCGAAGUAAAAAUUGGAGUAAAUAUUAUAGUUUAGGUGCUCUAAGACUUUAUGAAAGCAAACACUCAGAAGGAUCGAUACAUAAUUCUUUUGUUUUGAAUUUUGAUGAUGUCAUGUGAAAGCCUAUUGACGAGGCGAAAAAAGAAACCCCGAAUAUUACAAGAUCAUGGUAGACAAUAAGUAUGUUUUAACAUUUGAGCUUAGUCGGUAAAUCAAUUUUUGGGAACCGUUUUAACUGAUAAAUUAUAUUUCGUACGAUUUUGCGAAUAGCUUCUUCGUUCAGUUAGCGUCUCCUCGUUACAGGAGGCCUUUUAAAGUUCACUGCUUCGAGCCAGACCAUUAUAUUCUUCUUUAAAAAAAAACGCACUAGCAAUAUCUACCCUGCGAAUACAGCCUCCUCUUAUCGCUUUCUCAUCAUCGAAGAGCGAUAAGAGGCGGCUGACGAAAGGAUUGGGGAACGCUGACCUCAAUCUUCUCGCGUUGGUGUUCAGGGGAGGGACUCUAUCGAGUCCGGCGCAAGCUAAUGUGGUGUCAGGUUUCCCUGUCAAUUAAAACAAAAUAAAAAGCGAAAAAUAAUUGAGACUGAAAGAAUAAUUUUUAACUGCUAGUUUACUUUCAUCACAGUUCCUAAGUCGUGCAGUGACAUGAAGAAAAUUCAUCCCAUUGCAAAAAGUGGACAUUAUGUCAUUGAUCCAGAUGAAGAGGGAAUGUUAGCUCCUUUUACUGUUUAUUGCAACAUGACUGACAUGAAUGGCGUUGGCGUGACAGUGAUCAGUCACGACAGCCAGAACAGAACACGAGUGAAAGGAUAUGAGAGCCCAGGAAGUUACUCGCGUGACAUUCAUUACACUGGAGCGAGUCUGUCUCAGCUUGCCAGUCUCACCGCAGUCUCCCUGCGCUGUGAACAGUUUAUCAUGAACGAGUGUUUACACUCAGGGAUGUAUAGGAACCAAGUAUGGGAUUGGUGGGUGUCACGUGAUUCCUCUAAGAUGACGUACUGGGGUGGAGCAUCUGUCAAUUAUAAGUGCGCUUGCGGGAUGACCCACUCAUGUGCGGACCCUAAUUAUGGCUGUAACUGUGAUGCUAAUGACCACGUAUGGCGAAAUGACAGCGGUCUUCUGACUGACAAGACAAAGCUUCCAGUAAAACAGCUCAGGUUUGGUGAAACUGGAAAUAGUCACGAAGACGGUUACCACACUCUGGUGAAAUUGAAAUGCUAUGGCUUAGCAUAG